AUGGUAUAUACUAUAGUUUUUAUGAGACACGGAGAAAGCGAGUGGAAUCUCUCAAAUCGCUUUACCGGCUGGGUUGACUGCAAGCUUUCGGAAAAAGGAGUUCAAGAAGCUAUUGAAGGUGGCAAACUGAUAAAGGAGCACGGUUACGAGUUUGAUCUUUGUUAUACUAGCCUACUCAAAAGAGCUAUUACCACUGCCAACUAUGUUCUGGAAGUAUGCGAUCAACUCUGGAUACCUCAAUUUAGAUCUUGGAAGUUAAAUGAAAGAAUGUACGGAGCUCUUGAAGGUUUAAAUAAAAGGGAAUGCGUAGAAAAGCACGGCGAAAAACAGGUUAUGGAAUGGAGACGUUCUUAUGGUACACCACCACCAGCUAUGGCUGAGGAUUCCGAACUUAACCAUGCCUUUGAAAGAAAAUAUGCUAAUAUUGAUGGAAUAGUUCCUAUGACAGAAUGUCUUAAAGAUUGUGUAGAACGAGUGGUGCCCUUUUGGAAUACCGAAAUUGUUCCUGCUUUAAAAGCUAACAAACGCAUCUUUAUAGCAGCUCACGGUAAUAGUUUAAGAGCUUUAGUUAAACAUUUAGAUAACAUUUCCGAGAAAGACAUUGUUAAUCUAAACAUACCCACUGGUAUUCCGUUGGUGUAUAAUCUCGGUGAAGAUUUGUUGCCCAUCCCCGUGGAAGAUAAAAAGUACUCUCCCUUAACAGGAACUUACCUGGGGAACGAAAAUGAAAUUAAAGCAAAAAUAGAGGGAGUUGCCAACCAGGCUUCCAAGAAGUAGAAAGUUUAAUAAACUUUACUGUAAGAAUAUAAACGCAAUAAAGGUCAAGGCUUGGUCUAUAA